AUGACGGACCGCGACAUCCUCCCCGACAACUUCAAGCCCACCCACUAUGAUCUCGAGAUCCGCGAUCUCGACUUCAACUCGUGGUCCUACAAGGGCACCGUAAGGAUCGACGGUAACCUCGUCAAGCCCACCAAGGACAUUGUCCUCAACACCCUCGAAAUCAAGCUCCUCAAUGCCAAGUUGACGGCUGGCCAAAAAUCAUGGGAGUCGACCACCUUCGCCGAGGACACCAAGGCCCAGCGCUCCACCAUCUCCUUCCCCGAGGACCUUCCCGUCGCCGACAAUGUCUCCCUGACCCUCGAGUUCACCGGUGAGCUCAACCACGACAUGGCCGGUUUCUACCGCUCCCAGUACAAGCCCGCUGCCCCUGCCGCCGCCAGCCCCAACCUCAAGGCCACCUUUGAUUUCGCCAUUGAGAUCCCCGAGGACCAGGUCGCCCUCUCCAACAUGCCCGUCAAGGAAACCAAGUCCUCCGGUCCCAACAAGAAGAUUGUCUCUUUCGAGCGCAGCCCUGUCAUGAGCACCUACCUCCUGGCCUGGGCUGUUGGCGACUUUGAGUACGUCGAGGCCUUCACCGACCGCGAGUACAAUGGCAAGAAGCUCCCCGUCCGUGUCUACACCACCCGCGGCCUCAAGGAGCAGGGCAUGUGGGCUCUUGAGCACGCCCCCAAGAUCAUCGACUACUUCUCGGAGCAGUUUGAGAUUGACUACCCUCUCCCCAAGAGCGAUAUCCUGGCUGUCCACGAGUUCACCCACGGCGCCAUGGAGAACUGGGGUCUUGUCACUUACCGCAUGACCGCUAUUCUGUUCGACGAGAAGCUUUCCGAGGCCAGAUUCCGCAACCGUAUUGCUUACGUCGUUGCCCACGAACUUGCCCAUCAGUGGUUCGGUAACCUUGUGACCAUGGACUGGUGGGAUGAGCUUUGGCUUAACGAGGGUUUCGCUACCUGGGCUGGUUGGCUCGCGACCGAUCACCUCCACCCUGACUGGGAGGUGUGGCCGCAGUUCAUUAACGAGGGUAUGGACCAGGCUUUCCUCCUCGACUCUGUCCGCGCUUCGCACCCCAUUCAGGUCGAGGUUCGCGACGCUCUUGAUGUGAACCAGAUUUUCGACAAGAUCAGCUACCUCAAGGGUUGUUCCAUGAUUCGCAUGUUGGCCUCCCACCUUGGUAUCAAAACUUUCCUCAAGGGUAUUGCCCUCUACCUCCAGCGCCACGCUUACGGCAAUGCCAAGACCGAGGCUCUCUGGAACGCCUUGAGCGAGGCUUCUGGUGUCGAUGUCAAGACCAUUAUGCGCCCCUGGAUUGAGGAACUCGGUUUCCCUGUUGUCAGCGUUACCGAGGGUCAGGAUCAGACUCUUUCAGUUAAGCAGGCCCGCUUCCUCUCUACCGGCGAUGUCAAGCCUGAGGAUGACAAGACCACCUGGUGGAUUCCCCUGUCCCUCAAGGGCAAGGUUGGCUCCCAGGAUAUUGAGCCUUUGUCUUUCCAGACCAAGGAGACCACCAUCGACGGCGUCAGCCAAGACUUUUACCAGCUCAAUGCCAACGCCACCGGCUUCUACCGCGUCAACUACCCCGAGUCUCGUCUCAAGACUCUGGGCACUCAGCUCGCUCAUCUUACUACCGAGGACAAGAUCUUCAUCACCGGUUCCGCGGCCGAUCUUGCAUUUGCUGGCAACUCCACCACUGCCGCUCUGUUGUCUUUCGUCCAGGGCCUGAAGAACGAGACCCACUACCGUGUUCUUAGCCAAGCUUUGGACUCGGUCAACACCCUCAAGUCCAUCUUCGGCGAUGAUGAGGAGGUCAAGAAGGGCCUCGAGAAGUUCACUCUGGAGCUUGUUGACAAGGCUCUCAAGGAGGUUGGCUGGGAACCCAAGCACGGCGAGAACUACAACAUCCCUCUCCUCCGCAAGCGUCUUCUCCUCACUGCUGUCGCCAACUCGCACGAGGAGGUUAUUGAUGAGGCUUUCAAGCGCUGGAACGCCUGGCGCGCCGACCCUACCGGUGCUCCCAUUCCUGCGGAUCUCCGUCUCCCCGUCUACCGUGCUGCCAUUAAGAGGGACGCCGCCAACGCCGUUGCCGCUAUCAAGCACGAGUGGUUCACCACCCCCGCAAUCGACGGCAAGGAGGUUUGCCUCCAGGCUCUCGGCCAGGUCACCGACGAGGCCCUCGUCAAGGACGUCCUCCUCCCCUUCCUCUUCGACGCUGCGCCUCCCGCCCACCCCAGAGACUCUGUUCCCGGCGCCGACAUGCACAUUCUCUCUGGCAACUUGGCCGGUAACCGCAUCGCUCGUCCUCUUCUCUGGGCCUACAUCCGCGACAACUGGGACAAGUUCAACGGCAAGCUCGGCGGCAACCCCAUUCUUGUCGACCGCAUGAUCCAGGUCAGCUUGCCCAAGUUUGCGGAUCUCGAGACGCUCAAGGAGAUCGAGGACUUCUUCACCAAGGUCAGCACCAAGGGCUUCGACAGGACGCUGGAGCAGGUCAAGGAUAAGAUUAGGGGACGGGCGUCGUACAAGCUUAGGGAUGCCGAGGGUGUUAAGAGCUGGUUGAAGGCUAAUGGGUAUUAA